AUGCUACUGCCCGCCAUCUCGUCGGGAGGGAAGAUAGACCUCGAACAGGCUAUGCCACAGAGGUCCUGGAUGGCUAUCUUCGAUCGACUAUGCCAGGAUUCGGGCCUGAACGACAAACACCCGAACUCUACGUUCAGCAGCCAUUCGCUACGACGUGGAGGGGCUCAGUGGCGUUUCAACUAUGCACCGGCUCGUUGGGGAUUGCAGGUCAUUCGGUGGUGGGGUGGAUGGGCACCUGGCGAAGCGACCGGUACUCUGAUGCGGUACCUUCUUGAGGAGCGAGCCAAGAUCGACACCUACCACGGGGACAUCAUGAACCCACUCCUCGACCCUGCUAGGCAGGUCGUUCAGAGUGACGGGCAGAACGGUCUCGUCUCGAAGGUCGGAGACAUCACUCGUCUCGAAACACGCAUGGCAAGGAAGCUGGAGGGUGUGGUGGCUCGUCUGAUGGCAGACAUGGGAGAGGAGAUGGAUAGGACAAGGGCAAUGGUGCGAGAGUUUACGACGCGGAUGUAUGCCGACCCUGACGAGCAGUCGGAUGUAGAACGGGAACGCCAUCAGCAGAUCCUCCAGGCUAUCGCCAACAUGCAGAUUCAGGUCGACAGCCAGCAGAGAUCGCUGUGUGCUGCCACGUCUGCUGCAACAACCAUCGUGGGCACGAACGGAUGGACACCUCCUGGCUUCAACGGCCUCAUCUUACCUCCUUCGGCUUCGGUGCAAGUUCCCGAUCAUUCACUCGACGUGAGAAUCCCCGUGGUACCCUCGACCGCGCUAUUCAGAGCUGCAAUCAGGGAAGUAGAGGGUCCCAAGACCCUUAGACUUCGGUACAGCGGUGAUGUGAUCACGGGAGAACGUCCACCCAUCCCGAAGACGCGGACCGUUCGAUCCUACGUCCUUCAGUGGUUCCAGGGCGGACAACAUGUCCAGCACCCGUAUCCUCUGCGAGAGUGGCCUCGAGAAUGGCUCCACAACAAAACGAAGGAGGAUCAGCAGGUCUGGGUGCUGUGGAGGAACAGGGAGGUCUUUGGAAUGGGGUACGAGUACGCCAAUGAAGGUUCGACUGUCUUCACCGAAGAAGGGUUCGCCCGAUUUGAGGCCAGGUAUCCUGCUACGACGGUCACUGGUGUCUUGAGCGCUAUAAGGAAGGAUCUCCAGACUGCAGGGAAGAUCAAGAGCCGUCAGCGUAGCCCCAAGAGCCCAGAAUAG